CAUUGCUGACAACUUGCCCGUGGCGACGAGGCUGGAGUUCUACUCAAACCAUGAGGAAGAAGAGAAGAACAAGGAGAAGGAUGUGCAGUUUGAGCAUGGCUACCGGCUCGGCUUCAUGGACAGCAGUAAGUUCUACCUGCACAACCACCUCUCCUUCAUCCUUUACUACCACAGAGAAGAGACGGAGGAGAACCAGGAGCCCACCUUCCGCGUGGUCCGCUUCGAGGUCGUCCCGCAGAGCAUUAAGAUGGCUGGUAAGAAGGAG